AAACCUACAAAACCAAAAUAUCAAAUAUAUAUCUCUUAAAAAAAUUGAAAGCAAAAAAAGAAUCAUCAAAGUUUCAAGACAUGAAGUUCAUGACACUAAUGAUCAUCACAUUUGUGAUAGUCAUCAUGUCAUCUUCUAUUUUGAUCAAAGCAGAAGAGGCACAGUCAUGUGUUCCAACAGAUCUCAUGCCAUGCUUACCGGCAAUGACUACAGGAGGACAACCGGCUAAAGAUUGUUGCGACAAACUGAUUGAGCAAAAAUCAUGUUUAUGUGGUUACAUUAAAAACCCAUUAUAUAGUAUGUUUGUUAGCUCUCCACUUGCUCGCAAAGUUUUAGAAGCUUGUAAUAUUCCUUAUCCUAGUUGUUAAAUCUCAAUAUUUAUAAUAAGAAAGUAUUAUUAAUAAUAAAUCUAAAUCUUAUAUAACAA